AUGUCAAUCAAAGUGACUUUAUCAUUAUAUAUUUUGGCAGUAGAAUGUAGGCUUAUUAUGCAUACCGAAAAAGAUCCUAAAACUGAUGAAAAAGUUAAACUUCACUGCCACGAAUAUACAGAUUGUGAUUCCUGUUUAAGUCAUUCUGAUAUUACAAAAAAUCCUUGCGAAUGGUGUGCAUCUGAAAAUCGUUGUUUGCCUUAUAUAAAUUUCUGCCCAUUACCUUCACGUACUCAAUUUACGUUCAACUGCCCGCGUCCUCUAGAAGAGUUGCCUUUUUAUAAUGAAACGUUUGCAAGAUUAUAUGUGCUUCCAAUGAUUGCAUCGGUUUAUGCUGCUAACGACAGUGCUACAAAAUGUCACAGUUUUAUGGCAUAUUUACCAGAUGAAGAUGCUAUCGCCUUGUUGUUUCAAUCCGAAAUUGAUAGAGAAUUUUAUAUGCAACAACUUAAUGCAAUGAAAAAUCCAAAAAUGAUUGAUUUGCCAGCUAUUGGGGGUGCAUUAUUAAUGGAAUAUCAUGAUGCUUUUCAACGAUUGUGGGCUAUGAUGAGAGAUGACUUGUAUGGAGCUUUGAAUUACACAAAUGGAACAUCCGAUAUUUGGGCAAAUCUUCAAAUUUAUUAG